ACGAGAAAACAAAGUUCUUCUCAUACAAGAAAUCAUGAAGCCGAUAUACAUUGUUGCAUCAUUGUUCGGACUAUUCCCUUACAGGAUAAAGUUUCAAGAUCACACGAACUAUUUCAUAAUCAAUCGUAAAUCGGUGUACGUUAAUUCGUUAUGCGGUAUUUCGGUGGUGUUAGUUGCUCUCGCAUUUCUCGCUUUGCAUAUUCAAGACGUGUUUGUAUCCAGCGAAAAUGUAUCGAUGACCGAAGUGAUAAUGACACAAAUUAAUUAUGUACUGGAGUUAGUGUCACUGGUUGUCUUUUGCGCGGUUGCAUACACUAGUGUUUUUCUCAACCGAGCGUAUUAUUUGAAAAUAUUAAAUACGUUGACCACAACGUGGUACGAUACGCCGCCUAACAGGAGACAUCAGAAUAUUCUUUCUCGUCUAAAAUUUCAAGUAAACUUCGUUGCAAUGGGCAGUCUCGUUACAGUUGUAAUCCUACAAGUCGCUAUCAACUUCACACGAGACAAUAGCUUGUGGAAAAUGAUCCUUGUCGCUAUGACUUUUAAUUUAGCUCAAAUAAUACAGUUUGUUACAUUGGCUUUAUAUUAUGUUCUUGUCAUGUUGGUGGUCGCUUUAUUGAACAAUAUAAACGAGCAUUGCUCGGAACUUGUAAGAGAUAAGAGGAGUCUCUCUGAUGGAGUUAUAAAGGUUAAACCCAAACACUUGGUUACGCUGCGACAGAUGGAGUUAGCUUAUGUCAAAGCGUUCGAAAUGAAAUCGUAUAUAAAUGAGGCAUUCCAGGGGCCUAUUCUGGCAACUGCAAUACAGUGCUUCCACUCGAUGGUGAGUGAGGCCCACAUUAUCUACCAUGGUAUUGUGGUGGAAAGGAGCCUUACCACACAUGACGUCAUAAAUUGUUCUAUUUGGAUUGUUUAUCAAAUUUUAAAAAUUUAUUUACUAGCGUAUGCUGGAAAUUUGUUAAAACUAGAGGCGUUGAGAAUCGGUCAAACGUUGCACAACAUUCCAACUGACAAUCAGGAUUUAAGAUGGUUACUGGAGAUUCAACACUUUUCGUCACUUAUGUCGUAUCAACGUAUUGAGAUGACUGUAUACGAGUAUUUUCCACUUGAUGCUACACUCAUGUAUAAUAUGGUGGCAUCCGCGACGAUGUAUUUAAUUAUUUUAGUACAGUUCGAUAAAAAAAUAUAAAUUCCCAAGAUUUUGAAAGAAAGAAAGAAAGAAAAAAGCUUUAUUAGAGAAUUAUGCCACAAAACACAAUUUGUUCUUUAAAAAUAUCCUGCGAUGUGGGGCACAACCCAGUAAACGGAUCCAACUCAGCAUAAUGCUGCAUACUUUUUAAAUAAAAAGAGCAUGCAGCGCUGGUUUUCAGUUGGAACCGUUGACCAGAAGCCGCCACAAACACAACACACAACAACCUUAUUAACUAAAAUAAACAAUAAUAAUAACUUAAACUUAAAAUAAUACAUUACAAUUAACUAAAAUAAAAAGGAAAAACAAUAAAAUGCCAUACUAAAAA